GCAGAUUUGCUGACUCUAGUCACCCCCUUUGUGUCCGUGCAGGUGGACGUGUCUCUGACGCGCUCUCACAGAUCGUAUUUUUACUGCAUCUACUGCACAAUGGUUAGAGUAUCGAACAAGAAGAAAGCUCUAAAAGCAAGAGCUGUACACGCUAGCCAAGUAAAGAAGGAGCGUAAAGCCGCACUGAGGGAAAAUAGAGUUAUCUUGAGUGAAGAUAGAGGAGGGCUCUCUGCGAGGAGUGUGUCCCAGCCUCGAGCUCCACAACACACACUACCUCGCCUCACUCCCUCACACUCCCAGGGAGCCACACCUGCGGCACCUGCGGCACCUGCCACUCAAGAUCUUAGACCUGCAACUCCAGACGUUCUCCCUCUUGAUGUUGCAGGACCCAGCACCUCACGUGAUAUUGUGGAAACUCCCAACAUUUCCACAAAGCGUAAAGGUACCCAGAGCAGUGCCACAAAACGAAUUAGGUUAUAUAAACAACAACAAAUUGACAAUGACGGUGCCAAUGAAAGUGACAGUGAAAGUGACGUGAAAUGCAGAAUAAAUCCACGUGAGUCAACGAUAAUGUGGACAGAUAGGAGGGUUGAACAGUACCUAGAUAAACAUUGUGUAUGCAAGUAUUGCUCAAUGGAUAAUCUACGUCAUACAGUUACGCCUAUGCAACAUGAUGUGAAACUGGAAAAAACCUGUAAUAAUUGUAAUGUUUCAAAUACUGAAUAUUUGAUGGGAAAUCAUGAAAAUUUAACAUCCUUAGUGUACAGCAACAUGAUAAAUGGGCACGGAUAUUUAUAUUACACUAGCAUGUGUGCUGUAAAUAACAUGAAAUUUGUGUCACAUAAUACAUAUGACAAGAUCCAGAAGAAAAUAAGAGAUGCUGCUAAUGAAAGAUGGGUUCAUUUGCGAGAAAGUACUCGUCAUAACAUAUUCAAUCAUUACAAAGAACAGUUCAAUAGGCACCCCAGUGGUGGUGUCCUGGACAUUGAUGUGUCCUUUGAUGGAUCUUGGCAUACAAGGGGCCAUCAUUCACAAAUUGGCAUUGCUUUUGUUGUGGAAAUAUUCACAGGGCUGGUUGUGGAUUUCAAUACUUUCUGCAAAAACUGCCACAAGUGCCAAAUAACCAAGCAUAGAAAACAACAGGGAAAAAUAACACAGGCCGAGUUUGACGAUGAAAUGGCUAAACAUUUACCAUAUUGUGACAAGAACUACGAUGGCACUGCCAAAAAUAUGGAAGCGGAUGCCGCGGUACUGAUGUGGGCUCGAUCUCAAGACAUCAAAUUCAGGUAUACGACCGUGGUCAGUGAUGGUGAUUCUUCGGCCUUCAAUAAAGUGUGUGCAAUGAACAAUGGUGAUGGACCAUAUGGAGAUAUAAAAGUGGAAAAGGCUGAGUGCAUAAAUCACUUCAGCAAGAGACUUGCAACACAGCUUCGCAACUUUCAGGAAACAGCUGUGGAAAUAGAGGAGACAAAAGGGCCAAUCAAAAACACCAGACGAAUGUCACUGGUCAAAAAAGGGAAGGGAAAAUUAACUGACGGCACCAUUCUGAAGUUGGCAGGUUACUUCACAAAAGCCAUCAGGGAUAACGGCAACUCUGACUGGAAACAAAUGAGGGAUGCCUGCCUAUCUGGACUGUUCCAUGCAACGUCCACUGACGAAAAACCACAGCACAUGCACUGCCCUAAAGGAAAAGACUCUUGGUGUUUCUACCAGCAAGACAUUGCAAAUGGAAAGACCACACGAUCACACAAGAUAAUGAAAGUACAUUUCCAGCUACCCAGUAGUCACAUGACUGAAGUCAUGAAGAUAUACUACAAUCUUGUAUCAGAGGACAACAUGACCAAGUGUCUGAAGGGGAAGACUCAAAAUCCAAACGAGUCUCUACACCACAGAGUUUGGCAACUCGCCUGCAAAGACAAAUAUGUUAGUCGUGUAAUGGUAGACUUCGCCAUGGCAGUGACAUCCGUCAACUACAAUGCUGGCUAUAUACUGGGAUGUCUGACCAACCUCCUUGGUCUACCACAGAGUGACAUGCGUGACUGGUACUUCAGUAUGAAGGAAAAGAACAUGCAGAGACAAACCAGAUGCACCACCAAGCCAAGAAAGGCCCCUGAAGAAGCUGACCCUGGCUAUGGGGCAGGUGCCUACUAGUACCAAUGAAGUGCCACCUUGAGGACCCAUAUUUCAGACCAAUUAUAUUAGGCGAUCUUCAUGGAACUUCACACCUUACUGAAGGAAUGCCAAUCUACAAGGGUGGUAAUUUUGAUUGAAAUUGGUCGUUCAUCAACAUCAGCCACAGGUGGCUGAACUUUGACCUUGAUUUUCUACAGGCUGCGAUGCUGAAACUUGGACCAGUUGCAGCCCUCUUUAAAUGUAACAUGUCAAUAAAUUUUCAUUGCACUA